GCGUGAGUUCUGCGUCACCUCCGUGUGACUCGUCUCCGACUCGUUGCCGGUGACAAAUUCAUAAUUCCCGAAAUCCUUCCUCUCUAUAUAUAAUAUUCGGAUCAAUCUCAGAUCAAAUCCAGACAAAAUUCACUCUGAUUUCUCGCGAACGGAGACCAGAUAUUCGGCUAAAUCCAAGGGUUUUUGUCUAUCUCAGGGAAGCCAAGCCAUGGCAUCAGAGGAAGAAAAUGUCAAGAAAGAGAAACUUCAUGUGAAAAUGAAGAGUAAGGAUUUGGAGCCGAUUGAGAAGGGAGAAAAGGUUGAGGUGGAGAUGGAAUUGAAGACUAAAUCAGUUGAGAAGGUGAAGAAACAUAAGGGUGGAUCAGAGGAGGAGAAGGAGUUAGAAGAAAGCAAAGUUGGGAACAAGAAAGAUGAAAAAAUGAAGAACAAAGAUGAGGAUGAGUUAUGUAAGAAGGAAAGAAAGGAGAAGAAAGAAAAGGAAGAAUCAAAGGUUAAAGAAGAAAAGAAGAAGAAGAAAAAGAAAAAGAAAGAGGACGAUGAACAUAAGGAAGGAGAUGGAGAAGAAAAGGAGGACAAUAAGAAGAAGAAAGACGAAGAUGUAACAGAUGAAGAAAACAAAGAAGAACAAAAGAAGAAAUUGAAAGUGAAGGAAGAAGACGAGGAUGAUAAGGAGAAAAAGGAGGGGAAGGACAAAGAUGAUGAACAGAAGGAAGGAGGUGAAAAGGAGAAAGACAAGAAGAAAAAGGAGAAGAAGAAGGAAGAUGUAACAAAUGAAGAGAAAAAGAAGAAGGGGAAGCAAGACGACGAAAACGACAAGGAAGAAAAGAAAAAGAAAGAUAAGAAGACGAAGGACAAGGGUGGUGAGAAAGACGAAGAAAAGGAAGAAAAGAAAAAAAAGACACAGGAGAAGAAAAAUCAGGGGGAAGAAGAUGAAAAUAAAGAUGAGAAAAAGAAAUCAAAGAAAAUUGAAAGCAAGAAAGAAGGGGACGAAAAGGAGAAGAAAUCUGAGACUGAAGUUGCUGUCAGAGAGAUUGCAUUAGAGGGGCAGGGGGCUGAAGAAGAAGAAAGGAAGCAGAAAGAUAUAGCAGAAGAGAAGAAAGAAGACAAAAAGAAGAUGAAGAAGAAGAAAGAGCUGGAGGGAGAAGAUGAAGAUAAAGAAGAAAAGGAGGAGGAGGAGAAGAAAGAUAAGGAGAGGAAGGAUGAUGAUGACGCAACAGAUGAGAAAGGAGAGGAAGGUAAGAAAAAGAAAGAGGAAAAGAAGAAGAAGAAGAAAGAUAAAGGGGAGAAGGAUGAUGAGGAGGAGAGGAAAGAAGACAAAAAGAAGUCAGAGAAAAAGGAGAGUAAGAAAGGCGGAGAUGAAGAACAGAAGAAAGCCGAGACUGAAGCUGAAGCCAGGGAGAUUAAAAAAGAAGGAUCAGAUGCUGAAAGAGGGCAGAUGCCAAAAGAUGAGAAGAAGAGAAAACUUGAUGAUACCAAGAAGAAGAGUACGGCCGUUGAUAAACUGAGAAAGAAGCUGGAGAAAAUCAACAACAAAAUAGAAGCUCUCAUGGAGGAAAAAGCCGUCGUUAUGAAUCAGAUUAAAGAAGCAGAGGCAGAGACGAAACAUAAUGUCGCAUGAAUGAACGAGGAAUCCUAAGCAAGGUAUGAAUGAACGGACAAGACAAUGCAUCAUCUGUAUCGAACUGAUGCCUUUUGCUGUGAUUUUUUUCUUCUCUUUCUUUUGGGAUGUGAUAAAUUUUCAUCUGUAGUCUUAUGUUAUGCAUGUUGUAAUAAGCGUAUGUGCUUGAUUGUCCCUUCAGUGUAUAUGAACUUCAUUUCUCUAAUGAAAGGGCGGCCAGUUUCAUUCUC